AUGAGGCCCGCCUAUCUUCUCGUGGCCCUCGCCCCGGCCGUCCUCGCCGAGUCGCACCCGCAACCACGCGCCAAAAAUCUUGUCGCAGACCUCGCGCGCCGAUCCGCCGUCGCAUCAAUACCGGAAUUUGCUCCACGCGAACAGCUCGUGCCUCUCGCUGAUCCUUUGGAUACGACUCUCACCCGUCGCAGCGCGAGGCAUGUGCUGCAGGCGCGUAGUGAGGGCUCCCUCGGUCAAACUCCGUGGAUUGGAUGUGCCAUCGGAUUGACCUGCACCGCUCUUGCGGCCGUCAUGCUGGGCUAG